AUGACGAGUUUCGGAGCCGCAAAUACCAACCCUAACAAAUCCUAUGAGGUUACGCAACCACCUACCGAUUCUAUUUCAAGCAUUUCCUUCAGUCCCAAGGCCAAUUUCCUCAUCGCUACCUCAUGGGACAACCAGGUUCGCUGUUGGGAGAUUUCAAAGAACGGAACCGCUCUUAACACUACUCCCAAGGCUUCAAUUUCUCACGAUCAACCUGUUUUGUGCUCUGCUUGGAAAGAUGAUGGAACAACCGUUUUUUCUGGAGGUUGUGAUAAGCAGGUCAAGAUGUGGCCACUUUUGUCCGGAGGGCAGCCAGUGACGGUUGCCAUGCAUGAUGCUCCCAUCAAAGAGGUUGCUUGGAUACCCGAGAUGAAUCUCUUGGCCACCGGAAGCUGGGACAAAACCAUUAAGUAUUGGGAUACUAGGCAGUCCAAUCCGGUGCAUACUCAGCAACUCCCCGAUCGCUGUUAUACAAUGUCCGUGAGGCAUCCUUUGAUGGUUGUGGGAACUGCAGAUAGGAAUCUCAUUGUCUUCAACUUGCAGAAUCCUCAGACGGAGUACAAAAGAAUAGUAUCGCCCUUGAAAUAUCAGACAAGAUGUGUUGCUGCUUUUCCAGACCAACAAGGUUUCUUGGUUGGUUCAAUAGAAGGAAGGGUUGGAGUACAUCACCUUGAUGAUGCACAAUCGAGCAAGAAUUUUACUUUUAAAUGCCACAGAGAAAGUAGUGACAUAUAUUCUGUCAACUCCCUGAGUUUCCAUCCUGUACAUCACACUUUUGCAACUGCUGGAUCUGACGGUGCGUUUAAUUUCUGGGACAAGGACAGUAAACAGAGACUUAAGGCUAUGCAAAGGUGUGGUCAGCCCAUACCUUGUGGUGCAUUCAACAAUGAUGGCUCCAUAUAUGCUUACGCAGUUUGUUAUGAUUGGAGCAAAGGUGCAGAAAAUCACAAUCCAGCUAAUGCAAAGAACUGCAUUUAUUUGCACUUGCCACAGGACUCUGAGGUUAAAGGUAAGCCACGAGCUGGAUCAACUGGUAGAAGGUGA